AUGACUCGAGGUCAACGGCAUCGAUUUCGAGCACCAGCGACUACAGAACCUGUCCACGUAAGAUGGGCUGGCCAAGGAGCCACGGAUCGUGUAGAACCACAGCCUGCAGCGCAUCGCCUACAGCAAGCCCGCCGCAAGCACAACACACCUCAACGUCCCAAGUUUCCCGUCCCCUCUAGGAACAGACCCUCGGCCAACUACCGACCCCUGUAUCUGGCACUGUGGGUACGUACCGGCGUUGGCCUUACCGAGCACACCUCCCACCUUAGCUCGCGGCUCAGGUGUGAUGUGCCCGUCUGCAGGCUGCUGAACGGUUUCGAUUUGGGUUCUGCUCCGAGUCCCGGCCACGAUGCUGGCGGCCUGUCCCUGGCCCUUGCUGAUGUAGGAAUCCCGAACAAGCUGGUCCAAUCCCAAUGCUGCGCUGCUGGCACAUCAGCAUAUGCUCUCCAUCAAUCAACCCUUUUCAAGCUCGGUCAUCAAACGAAUCAGUGCACCAGCGGGCCCAGGGGGGCGAACGGAGCGCAGGGUGCGGGUGCCGCUUCUAUGAGCAAAUUGGUACGGAUACGGCAUACAUAUGAAGAUGAGAGACAGACUACCCUUAGCUUUCCCCAUGUGGACUGUCUAGAUAACGAGAUGCUUGGUUAG